AGCAAUAACAGAAUACAAUAACAGAAAAACAAAGAAGAAAAUGGCCACAGCAAUCAAAUUCUUUCAGUUGAACACUGGUGCUAAAAUCCCUUCUGUUGGUUUAGGUACUUGGCAAGCUGAACCCGGUGUUGUUGCCAAAGCUGUCACCACUGCUGUUCAGGUUGGAUACAGACAUAUUGAUUGUGCUGAAGCUUAUAAGAAUCAAUCAGAGAUUGGUUCAGCUCUCAAAAAGCUUUUUGAGGAUGGUGUGAUUAAGCGCGAGGAAUUAUGGAUCACCUCGAAACUAUGGUGUUCAGAUCAUCAUCCAGAAGAUGUGCCAAAAGCAUUGGAUAAAACUUUAAAUGAUUUGCAACUUGAUUACCUUGACCUCUAUCUGAUCCACUGGCCAGUGAGCAUGAAAAGGGGAACAGGUGAAUUUAAGGCUGAAAAUCUCGAUCGUGCAGACAUACCAAGCACAUGGAAAGCAUUGGAAGCACUAUAUGACUCUGGCAAGGCUAAAGCUAUAGGAGUCAGCAAUUUCUCUACAAAGAAACUUCAAGACUUGUUGGAUGUAGCAAGAGUGCCUCCAGCUGUUAAUCAGGUGGAAUUGCACCCUGGAUGGCAGCAGGCAAAGUUGCAUGCAUUUUGUGAAUCUAAAGGAAUUCAUGUAUCUGGAUAUUCUCCUCUAGGCUCACCAGGAGUACUCAAAAGUGACAUUCUUAAGAAUCCAGUUGUCAAAGAAAUUGCAGAGAAAUUAGGGAAGACACCAGGACAAGUUGCCCUUCGAUGGGGUCUACAAGCAGGACACAGCGUGCUACCUAAGAGCACUAAUGAGGCUAGGAUCAAGGAAAAUCUUGACGUAUACGAUUGGUCGAUUCCGGAAGACCUGUUUCCUAAGUUUUCUGAAAUUAACCAGGAUAAGCUAAUCAAGGGUACCUUUUUCGUUAACGACACCUAUGGUGCUUUUAGGACCAUCGAAGAACUCUGGGAUGGUGAAGUAUGAGCAAUAUGCAACAUUGAGAUGACAAAUAAUACACUGUUUCUACAAUAAAACCAGAUACUGUUUCCAUGAUAAAGAUUAAAGCUAGAUGCUGUUAUGAUUCCUGUUUUUUUAGGUUCCAUGAAGUGUUAACAACUGUAAUUCAGAUUAAAGACGUAUCUGAUGUUUGACAUUUGUUGGUGUUGAUUCAGACAAGACAUCAAUAUACGUGGUUAUAUUUAAUUUCUAAUAUUUUCUAAAUUACUACGAGUGCUUAUGUGUUAA